AGUAGUAACUGGCUACCAACUUGAAACUAAUAAAAUUGGUAACUAGUUAAUGUGUAGUGUUCUUAAAAUUUUGGAAAACUAGUAAUUGAAUUUGUUGACGUGGUUCUUCGCCAACAGGUAAUUAAGAGAAGAAGAGAAAGGGAUUAGUGCCAAAUGUAAAACCGAAAUAGAUAUAUGAUCUUAGAGGAUGAAAGAGGAGACUCAAGACACAUUUUUUAAGUGGUUCGAAGGUUAAAAUCUUUCUACUCCACUAGUCAAUAUUAUUGAUCUAUACUGAGUAUUUGAUUACAGAGUAUUUCUUACAAGAGAUUAUUUUUCCAACCCCUAUCAACUCCCAGGGUCUCCAUAUUUAUAGGAGAAGGCACCUGGAAGUUGGUAAGAAGGUCAUCUCGUGACAUUCUUAGUUGUCGUAUCAAUUCUGUGACAUUCAUGAUUAAUUCCUAAACCUGACAUAUAAGUGUGGUCAAAUCAAUAGGUAAGGAGGUAAUGGGCCGCACGGCCCAACCCAGUCGUGGGUGUCUGAACACGCACGUUCCUGCUGCGUGUCCGAGAAGUCAGGGGGAUAUCAGACACGUGAUGUCUGAUAUAUGCACGUUUACCUUGCGUGCGUUGACUUCACAAAGGGUCACAGCCUCCAUAUGAAGCUCGUACCACGAGCUUCAUACUUAGCUCGGUCUUCGGCCUUCGGAAUCCCUGCCCCGGCCUUGGGCAGUGAAGGCGAGCUCUUGGGGCUUCCUCGAGCUAAGAAGGCACAACAUUACGACAGAAGCUCCGGCCCCUGGGGAUGAUCAUGAGGUAAUCAUGGUUAGGCCGCAGCUUGGCUUACUAAUCAGCCCGUGGGAAAAUCAGGGCGUACAUCUGCCUCCCAAGCUCCUGCUCGUGGUAUAUUACGUCGUAUAUAAGACCACAAUAGGGGCUUUUAGACUCCUCAUGAACUCUUCGUAUUCCACUUUUUACGCAGGCGCCUGAUACGUGGAACAUCGUGGGUGGUGACGGUACGUCUUACGAGAACCGCAUUUAAUGGCCUAGCCUAUGCCCAGCCGUCGUUUCGUAUUUCGAGUGGAGGGCCUCGGAUCCCUCAUCAGGGCCGUCCAACGGCCCUCUAUACGUGAUCCUUUACACGUAUAAAAAGGGGUGGCCACCCUACGCAUGGGCCACCCUUUCAUUCGAAAUUUUUCAAACUUCUCUUCUUCUUCUCUCUUUAUUUCAGAAGAACAAACCCUCUACUCUGUUACUGCUACUUUCAGCGUUCAAAGCUUUGGAAGCCAAUACACCGACGAAGCUUUUACCAAGGCGACACCUCCAUCCACCUCCCAGCCACACACUGUAAGUUUCCUGACCAUGUGCGUUUUGAAAAUAUAUGCCACUGUAGCAUAGGUAAAAUUUUUACUGUAGCCGCAUGCAAGGGUUUACUGGGUUUUGUGGAUACGGAGGGUGAAAGCCCUUUUUAGGUUAGGGUAUCUUUGCUGUAGGAAACCAUUUUAGAGUAUGGGUUUUAGGAUGCUUUCUCUGGGGAAAAUUUUCUGGGUAGGAGUUUUGGUAAUUUUGGGUGCAAAACCGGGUAGCUUAGGGAACACGCCUCACAGGCGGUUUUGCAAUUUUCUGCCUACCGAAACUUUCCCCCCCAAGGCAAAUUCUAUCCUGACCCUCCUGACACACGAAUCCCGAGGAAUCGAGGAUCUGUUGGGAGCACAUGCGCGUGUUCAUCGAACCGCGUGGUCACACUCUCCACGGGCUGGGCUUACCUCAGCUCGUGCAAAUAAUAAUUGCUUUUUCCUCAUGCUUGGGUCGCCUUUUCUGAAAUGUUUUCUUUUGUUCGUUAGGCGACCAGAUGGCUCCAAAGAGGAAUUUCCCACAGAAGAACGUCAGCAGCUCGGCCUCCCAGUAGGACAGAGGAAAGGCGGCGAUGUCUAGCUCCCCGAUCCCCCGCUUUGGGCCGACAGUGGAGAAAGAGGUCGAGGUGGCUCCUGAUGCAUUCUUUGAGGCGAAGAGGAUCGUCUCAAAGAUCACCGACCAGGUGAAGAUUAACAAAAUCUUCCUUUCCCACAACAUCGCCCUGGGGAAAGCAUCCGUAGUGGCCCGACCUGCUUCAGAUGGCGAGCGGAGCUGUGCGCCGCUCGACAAGUCGUUCGCGGCCUGGAGCGGUGAAAAUUUUAAGGCAGGGGCCUUCCUUCCAUUGGAUCAAUAUUUUGCUGAUUUCCUCAACUAUGUGGGGUUGGCCCCAUUUCAACUCCCCCCCAACUCCUACCAUCUGCUGACAGGGUUGAGGUAUUUGUUCCAGAAGCAUGAGUGGGAGGUCCCCACUCCUGCAGACAUUUUAUAUUUCUUCUGCCUCAAAGCCAGCCCGGACCAGUGGGGGCGAGGCGACGGGUUUUACUAUCUAACCCGGUUUCCCAAUACGGCAGCGGUCAUCGAGCUGCCCAGCCACCCUAAUGACUUUAAGGACCAGUUCUUCAUGUCAACUGGGUUCCGGAACUGCGAGCACCACUACUUCAAUCGUCCUCGUAAGUUCUUUUUAUCUUUAGCUCGUAGGUUAGAUUUCGUACAAUUCCUGUGUCCCUUUCUGACUUGGAUUAAUCCUGCAGCUAUCUUCGCGAGGACAGAGAAAUCUGCGACCCUCGGGGGUCAAUAUGAGACACUGGCGGGCUUGCCCCCAGUGAGAAGGACUACCGGGUGCUCGUGACGGACGAGACGAUGGUGGCUUGUAAGCUGAUUUUCCCAAAUCAGACUUUGAAUCUAAGGAGGCCUCGGGGGCCUCCCCCAGCUCGCUCCUCUAUGCCCAUCAUCGUGGAGGAGGUCGCGAUGGAUGAGGACGAGGAGGACGAGACUCCACUUGUGAGGAGCAGGAAGCGGGCGCUGGAGGUCGCCCAGAUAACAAACGAAGAGAGGAUCCAGUCCGGAGCAGCCGCGGGUUCCUCGGGCCAAGGUAACCUUUACAUAUUUAGGAACUUAGAUAGGGCCAUUGCCGACCCCCGGCUAGCUAGAUUCAACCCCUGACAGCUCGUCCAUCGUCACCGAAGUGAUUCGGACCUGGACACAACCCUGCUCCACUGCGUCGAUCGGCUCGUGUUGGACUACCAAGAUAGCCGACCUAGGGGUACUGUAGUAGUAGAUAACACUCUAGCCUUUAGGUCGAUCCUUUUCGAGGAGUACGGGACCAACCUCCGUUCAUGGCCAUCCCUCCGGAGGGGUAUCUUAGCUUCGGGGCUUAGGCAGUAUGUAGGAGAAUCUAGCCCUGAGUCAGACCCGGACCCAGAACUUGCGCCAGUUCGGGAAGUAAUCGUCUUAGGUUCUUCUUCCAGCUCGGGGGGUAGGGCUCCCUUAAUAUUCGCAUACUUUUUACCUUUAACCCUUUGUCUUUGUCUCUGUAUGGUUGCUAACUUGUACUAACCUUGUUUUUGUUUUGACAGAAGAGAUGUCUCAGCCCGAGGAGAGCUUGCGAGGCGCAGUCUUCGGGGGGAACCCCUCAGCCGGGCCAAGAAUGAAAAGGUUCUGGGGGUCCAAGAGCGCCGCUGGGGUCUCCACCAAGUCUCCGGCAAAGGAGAAGGAGAAAACCCCGAAAGACCAGGUCGCGGGAGCGAUUCUCCCUGCUGCAGGAGCAGGCCAAAUGCCUCCACCACCUCCGCGAGCUCUAGCCGCCACCCAGGACGCAAGAACGGAGCUCAGGACUUCGGCCGUGGUGGCCUCCGAUGUACGCAUCCCAGUCAAUCCCCAAGAUCUGGAGAAGAUCCCAGAGGCCUUCCGGGGAACGGUGUAUGAGUCGGCGAACUACGCCGUCAACCAUAUAUACAAGUUCACCGAGAAGGAGCUCCGGGCCAUUGAGACAAUGAGUCCGGUUGGCGUAAUGGAGUCUUCAAUGGGCAUGACCCUAACGGGCGUCGUCGCUCUUCACCGGAGCAUCGUCAGGGCCAAAACUCAACUCGAGGAUAUGAGGACCGAGCACCAGGCCUCUCUUCAGGAGGCUAAGGCGACUAAAGAUGCCUUGGCGACCUCGAAGGCCGAGUUGGAGAAGACCCACUCGAAGGUCCAAGAGCUCGAGACCUCCCUUGCCACCUCGCGGACAGACCUCGAGGCCGCGAAGACUGAGAUCCAGGCCGCCCAGGCCGCCCUGGAGGCCGAACGGACCACUUCGGAGCAGUCCAUGGAAGAUCUGUUCUAUCACUGCUGGGUCUACAAUCCGGAGGCUGACUUUUCCUUCAUGUCACCGAGUCUCUGGGCACGCUUGCUGGUGAAGUUCCAAGCUCGCCUUGACAAAGAGGCGCCGCCUUUGGAGACUGGGGAAGGCUCUGGCGCGGCGGAGCAGGGUGAGACAGCGACCUCCCAGGGGCCAUCUGACGGAGCUUAGGGCGUUUUGUCUCUUUUGCCCUUGAAUAUUUUUAAGUAUUUUUUUAUGUAACCUUUGCAUGAGGUGUUUUCACCUUGAGACAAUUUUCUUUGACGUUUUUAAUUUAUGCGUUUCCUUGCCUUUUCGGACUUCGGUUACAAUUUUUUGAAAAACGUAGUUCGCGUUAACUUUUAUCCAUAUCUCGAGCUCUUUAGGAAGAACAUCGAUCAAUAGAUUUAAAUUAACUUCUAAGUUCUUUGACCCGGUUAAAACCAGGAACUUAAUUUGAAAACUUAGUUCGUGUUAACUUU